UAAUCUUUUGCCUGUUUCUUGCUUUGCUUUCUUUAUCUUUUCUUGUUUCUUGAAGUUACUUUGCCUUAAAGUUAUGUUCUUGAUAUGCUUACUGGAUCUAUCAGCAUAUAUGCUUCUUGUGGGCAUUUUUUAAAUUGCUUAUAAACCAUUCAUGUCCUUUUCUUGUUGUGUUUCUGCAUCUGGGUUGGUUUUGCUUGGUGGAAAUUUGGGUCCUUUUCAAGUUUUUGGAAGGUUCUUGAUUAUUGAUAUAAUGGAAGGAAUCGUCGUUAGAAGGGUCAUUCCCUCGGACAAUAGUUGCCUGUUCAAUGCUGUUGGCUAUGUUAUGGACCAUGACAAAAAUAAAGCUUAUGGGUUGAGACAGGUUAUAGCUGGAACAGUGGCAAGCGAUCCAGAAAAAUAUAAUGAAGCAUUUCUCGGGAAGCCAAAUGGUGAAUAUUGUAAUUGGAUUCGUGACUCUGAGAAGUGGGGAGGUGCUAUUGAGCUUUCAAUAUUAGCAGAUUAUUAUGGACGUGAAAUUGCGGCAUAUGAUAUCCAGACCAUGCGGUGUGAUUUGUAUGGUCAGGACAGGAAGUACUCAGAAAGGGCCAUGCUGAUUUACGAUGGACUCCAUUAUGAUGCUUUAGCUAUGUCUCCAUUUGAGGGAGCUCCAGAGGAGUUUGAUCAGACCAUAUUUACUGUACAGAAGGACAGGACCAUAGGACCAGCUGAGGGGCAUGCUCUUAAUCUUGUUAAGGAGCAACAAAGGAAAAGAAGUUACACAGACACUGCCAACUUCACUUUGCGCUGCGGGGUAUGCCAAAUUGGAGUCAUUGGCCAGAAGGAGGCCGUCGAGCAUGCACAAACCACAGGCCAUGUGAACUUUCAAGAAUACAGAUGAUUGUAACUGUGCAAACCAAACCACAGAAAACAGAAACAUCUUCUUUCUCAAGUUCCUCGGCAACUAGAGAGAGGAUUGCUGUACUAUCCAGUCUGUCAAGUUAAUUUGUUUUAUCAGGGAACCCAAAUAAAGAUGUUUGUGUGUACUUUUGUUGUUUUCGUGGCUUUGCUGUAACCCUAGCUUUUAGUUGUGUGUACUUGUGUCUGUAAUCGAUAAAAUGUGUUUGGUAACAUCUAAUUCUUUGGUACCAGCUAAAUUCUUUUAUGCUGUAUGCAUAGUUGUC